CACCUAUUAUGGUCCCUUUAUCUCCAGUUGGUAUUAACAUUAACAACAUUAAAGAACGCAUGCUAAGCAAAUGCGGUGUUGAUAUGAACAUUCUAUCGCUUCCUGGGAUGCUAUGAAAGAAAUAGUACGACAACAUGGACGUUUUUUAACCUGAAGCAGCAGGCAGCAUUUGUUUUCUUCAGUAGUUUGCAAAUGGCGCAAGACUUGUUUAUGAGGGAGUACGCUCACACUCAGACCUGAUAUAACCUUCAAGAGGAGAUUCCGCUUUGUUUGCAAGUGUGACAACGAUAGACACGAACACAUUUGGAUGAUGUGAGCUGAAGAUGGGUGAAACACUACGAGCAGAGGAAGUUAUUGAAAUGGAGAAACAAAUGAGUAAUGAACUUCAAAAAUCAAAACUCAAGAAUGGGGAAGCACCUCUUCUUGACCCCACAACACAUCGAAAAUUGAUGCGACUCUUCUCCAGGAAUACAAAUGUGAACUUGUGUUUGCCUGUUGUCAAGUUGCACAGACUUGACACUAAAGAUCUGAAAGAUUGUGAGCUUCUCAAUAAAGAUUGUGCAGAUUAUCUGUGCAAAGAAUUAACAAGGUUGAAACGAAAUGCUAGAAAGAGGGCAAAGAGAAAAUUUAUCAGAGCGGCUAAAGAAGGUAAAGUUUUCAUCAAACAAGAAUGUGAAAAAGUGCAAGUUCCUGUUUUUGAAAAUUUGACCAAUGGUAUAAAAGACAGCAGUGUUGCUGGGCCAUCUCGGAAAUCAGAUGUCGCAGUGCCCAGUCAUAGUCAGGAUGAAGGCAUAGGAAGUCCAUUGAAGAGACCAAAGUCAGAGGGGAAAAUCAAGAAGAAAUUGAAAAAGGAGAAGCUCCCUCUGGGUGAAAACUCCGACCCAAGCCCUCAAGGAUCCAGUGUCUUAAAGGAACCUCAUAAGCUGGGCUCAUGGGAAGAAAAGUACCUCCCAAGCCUUUUGGGACCAAGGGCACCUCUCCCACCUGCUCCAUUGCUUAAUUUGCCAAAACUAGAACCACCUAGCCCCAUGGGAAUUCCCAGACCAUUUCUACCAUUUGAUGGCUCCCUUGCAUCAGGACCACCACCACUAAAACCUAUCCACUCUGCAGUGAGGCCUAACCCACCAUUGGGUAUAAUUCCUGGCCUCCCUGGCCCCCCUCCUUUGCUUGUUGGUAGCAAAGCAUCUGUGCCACUGGGAGGAUACCAUCCACCUACACAGCACGCAGUGUCUCUUCCAAACAAUUAUGCUGCACAAAUCAGAAAUACUCCUUCAGAUAUUUUGCCUCCUGCUCCAGACUUGAAAAUGAAGUCUGAAAAAAGGACAAAGCCGCCACCUAUGAUUACAUAUCCUCCAUUAGCUUCAAAGAUUCCACAUUCAGGCAUAAUGGAUGGAUGGAAGCCGGUUACCCCGUUAUUAGGGAAGACUACUCAGGCAUCCUCCCAGAAGACUUCAGAAUCUUUGUCUAAUGCAUCCUAUCAUUUAGGAUCAACAAGCACACAAAGCUGUCAGUUACCAGUAAAUCAGUCUGUCUGUACAAAUUCUUUUUCAACCACCACAGGAGUCUCAAGUUCAGAUAAAUUGUCUGCUUCCCAAGCUCCAAGUACAAGUGAUGUGUCCAGUAAUGUCAAGAAUUUGAAACCAGAUGGAGUUAUCAAUCAACCUUCAGUUGACUUGAAAGACACAUGGAACUCGAGUACUUUGAAAGAUAGAUUUAUGGAGAGUAUAGCCCAUGGCCCAGGUGUGUUGCCCCUUAUGCCACAGCAAGAACAUAUGGUACAAUAUACCACUGUCUCUAAAAGACCUCCCGUCACUUCCCAUACUUCCUCUUCUGUAUCCUCUAUACCUUUUAAAGAUAAUUCCCCUUUAGUGGCAGACUCUUCACCACAGGAUUCUUUGAUACCUUCCUCUAAAACUGCCUCUAGUUCGCCUCGGAUUAUGGUACCAGAACACUCUUCUGUCGAGUCUCGUUCAAAAUCAUCAGUAGUUCCCACUUUUCCUGGUACACCUUUGAUAGUUCCAUCACAUUCAAGUGUAGUGAAGCCUGUACCAAGCAACUCUUCUACAAAUAAUGUCGAGAUACCAACCUCUGUCUCUCAGGUGUCCAGCCCCUUUGUACCUGCUACUUCACAUCAAGACUUUUCUGUUUACUCACCUCAAGAAGUAGCAAAGCCAGAAAACUAUGGGUGCCAGAGUCUUUCCACUACAAAAUCUCAGCUUUAUUAUUUACUUCUACCAUCAUCUAUGCCAACAAUUGUAUCCACAGUUCCAGUCCCAGAUUGUUCCCGAGAUAAUGUAGUAGAAAAAGCACAAGCAUCGAGUGAGCCAUCUCUUGGUGAUAGCGUUAAAAAGAGUCCUUCCUUCAAAAAACGUUCCGUAGGAGUUGUAUCAUCUUCCAUUUUGCCUCGUCUUGAUAGUGGGAUCUCAAGAGGUGACAAACAAAAGUUUCUUAAGUCUUCAGAGCCUGUUGAAACUUCAGAUAAUGCUGAGAAGUUUGAUGAAAGGAGUAUACCACCAGCCUCACUUCACACAUUGACUUCAGUAAUAAUGACAGCCAGUUCUUCAUCUCCACUUGUUACUGAGUCUGAAAUGCCUCCAGUUGUCAAUGAAUCACAAGUGUCAACACCAACCAAACGGAACUACAGGCUUCUUGGUUUUGUGACUGAUGAAGAACUGGAAGCCUUUAUUGCUGGUUGGCUGAAGGAAAACUACGAAUUGUGCCUAGGAGCUGAUGUAGAACAGUAUAAAGUUCAAGGACAUUUCAACAUGUACUUGCGUGCAAAAGGGCGGAAACACAAUCAACCACCACCUAUCCUGAAUUGUUUGAAGAAAGUAUUUGGUGAAGCAGUCACUACCCGCCGACAUAGAGCAGUAGAAGGGCAACAGAGAUGGCAUUAUUGUCAUAUCCGACUUCGUGAAAACGUCAAGAUGCCUUACGUAAAACCUCCCAAAUCUAGAGUCAGGAAGCGAAGUAGAGGGAAUUCCACUUCAGCCAUCAAUGAAGUACCUGACAGAAAAGUAACAGAGGAAAAUGAGGAAUUUAGCCAAGGCCUGUCAGGUUAUGAUGACUCCACAGUUAGAGUUACUAGCUCUCUAGCAGUUCUGGCCCAUUUGAUAAAUACAACUAAACUGCCUGAUGGUAGAUUGGUAUUAAAUAACAUGUUUAAAGAGAGUGGUUCAUCGGUAAAAGUAGAGGCUCCUGUGUGCAAUUCAGAAUCAACUAAUCAACAAGUAGAGACAUCCACUAUUUGUGACCAGGUUGAGAAACCUUCAAGUUCUGUUGAACUUGAAAGACCAUCUAGUUCUACCCAUGUUGAAAUGGCUUCAAGUUCUACCCAUGCUGAGUCACCUUCAAGUUCUUCCCAAGAUGAGAGUCCCUCAAGUUCUGCCCAAGUUGAAAAUCCUUCAGAUUCAGCUGCAACAGAGGCACCUUCGGCUUCUGCCCAUGCAGAGGCUGAAGCAGGUUGUACUGUAGUUGAGACACCUUUAAGCAUGGUGCAUGAAGAGGCCUCAAAUUCACCCCAAGCAGAAGCAUCCUCGAGUUUAGCCCAAGCAGAAGCAUCCUCCAGUUCAGCUCAAGUAGAGGCAUCUUCAAGUUCAGGGGAGAUGCCUCCCAUUCCUGAUAAUUCAGAGGCACCCUUAGCUGAGUUACCUGCAAGUUCUGGUGGCCCUUUAGUGGCUUUAUCAGAUUCAGAUCAUAUAAUUGGUCAAUCUGAGGCUUCCAAUUCAGAGUCAAACACAACUUCAAAUCAUCUGACUGAGUGGAUACAAGCUAAGAUAGCUAGCGGGAAAAAAGUUCAUGUAGCAACCUUGGUUGUUUGUUUGAAGAAGCUUCGACACUGCCAGGUGACUAAUCUUUUCAUGAAGAGACAUCGCAUUAACAUGAGGAGUGGCUUGAGAGUCCGUCAGAGUCUGAGAACCUGGGAUAUCAGAAGUUUUCUUCGGUCUGGAGGGAAGAAAGUGUUUCCUAUCCCAACCUUGCGGAGUAAAAGGUUACCCAAGAUUGGACCAGUAGGAAGUAAAUCUGCGGCAGUACAAGAAAUGCUCUUGGGAGCACGUAUUGGUGUAGACGAGGCUUUUAUUGAAGAAAGCCUUCCCUCCUCAUCAUCAAGCAUUGUCAGACCCAGAAGCAAACCAUAUCCUGUUAAAAAACAACAAGUAUCUUGUGAAAAAGCGCCGCCAGCAUUAGAGAGUGAAAAAAUUACCCCAGUAAUCACUAGGAAAGACAAAUAUCUCCUUAUGAAAAAUGAAAGGUUAACUGUAGGUCAGAAAAGAUUUGCAUAUUGGAUAGGAUUAGACUUGGCUAAAAGAGCUCGUAAAAAUAGGCGCUUAGACCGUGUUGAGGGAAGCAACAGGAGAUUGGACUUGAGUUUCUUUGGCUUAAAAGAAAAUCCUGAUCCAUCUAGUUGGACUAUGAUUGAGAAUGUAAAGGGCGGUAAGAAAGGAACCACAGUAAUAUUUCAACCUCCAAAUGAAACUACUAUUGUCUCUACUUCCAAUUCAGAAAUUGCUGCAAGGCCUGUGGCAUUACCACAGGGUUAUCCACCAAGUUUACCUCCUCUUCCUCCUGCUCCUGCUGUUCUUCCUCCAGUUCCCCAGGCAUGUGCAUCUUCAGCUACUUCAAAAGUUAUAACUAUUUCUAGUCAGGGUAAAGUUUUUGCAACCGUGCCUUUCCCUCCCGUGCAGACGACAAUAGCACCAACAACCACAGUACCAACAUCUAUGAUCCCUAAGGUUAGCUCGCAUGAAUUCAACAAGCCACCCACAUCAUCUAUUCCUUCAGGGAGUGAAGAUAACACAGCAGCCGGACCUAGCAAUCGUGCAUCACCACCCCCAAGGUUGCAAUUUAUGGGUGGAAAUGUUCCAGGAUUUGCAAGUACUUUGAGAGAAAUGGCAGCUCAUGUUAGAGCUCAAAGAUCUCCAAUGCCACCACCUUUGUCAUUCAUGGGUCCUUCUGCCAUGGAGUCCCAGGGUAGACAGUCGUUACAUCCAGGUAUGUCACAAGCUAAUGCACGCCAGUGGCCUGGGAAUGUGGACUAUUCUUAUCACCAAGCUCCCCCAAUGAGGAAGUACGGUGUUAUAAAUCAUACAAGACAGGUGAUGCCAAAGCAACCCCUUACUGUACCUAUAAAUCAUACAAGACAGGUGAUGCCAAAGCAACCUCCAACUAUGCCUGUACAUGUAAUGUCUCAUCAGACUCAUCAGUAUGCAAGUGCUCCCCAUCCUGCACAUGGGGCUCCUGUAUUAGAAAGACAGCUAAAUCAGGUCCACAAUGUCCGUAGUCAUGUAACUGACCAGCGACCAUCUAGUUUACCUCACAGUGCACAAGGUCAUGUUCUGUUGGAGCAGCGACCUAGUAGUGAACCACGAAGUGCAGAAGUGAACAUGUCGGAGAGAGUACCUUCAUCUUCAGGACAGCCACAUAGCACUGAAGGCCAACUGUACAAAAAUACAAUGCAUUACUCUCAUGGGCAGUAUUCAGGUAUGAGUAUAAGACCUGGUUAUAAUUAUACACAGCAUCCUGGUACUGACCCCAAAUCAGGAAUGCGUACUACUCAGGCGCACGGUGUAGCAGGUCAGCAGUUAUACAAUCAACCACAUCAUGUACAGGGGCACAGCUAUACUCACCAGCAACAAUCAAAUAUACCACAUAAUGUAUCUGGUCAUAAUAAUUUACCAGGUCAUAUGCUAACAAAUCAGCAAGUAUCUAGUCAGACAUAUGCUAGAGGAUACAUAUAUCCUAAUCAGCAAAUGCAUGGUUUACAGUCUCAUACAGUUAUAAAUCAGCAGCUACGAAAUCAUCCUCAGGAGAAUCAGUUGUAUUUGAUGCCAAGGCAACAGUCUGUUAAUCAGAUCCCCAAUAUGCAGGGAUACAAUUCUAGUCAGAUGCAUUAUAAUACCCAGGGUCAAGUUUCUAACCAACAGUUGUCAUCAUCGUCAUACAGUAUUCAGAAUCUCAUGCUUCCAGUUCAACAGCAUUACCGUGGUCCAAGUAUUCCGCAGGAAUGCCCACCAACUAUGCAGGUACCUGGUGGUAGUCAUUUACAGAGUGUGUCUAAUGAUAAUACUACUUGCUCCACCCAAAACAUCCAGAGGCAAGCAGUGGAUUCUCAAGAAGCUUGGAAUAGGCCAGUUCAGUAUGUGCAUCCAGUAUCAAAUGAUCAUCUGGAAAGAACCCAAGUAGAUCAAUUAGAUACACCAGGUUAUUCGAGUACUGCGGAGGCCAGCAGUAAUAAUCAUUCCUCAAGUGUGCUGCACAAGCCAGAGAAUAGUGGUGCUACUCAGUAUAAUGUAUUGCAGAAUACAGGUGAACCAAGCUCCUACAGGGAAGCUAGGAGUGUUAUAAUGCAGGCAUCCUCUCAAAAUGAUUCCUCUCACUCCACAGGAAAAGUUAAGUUUUCAAGCACUAACACUUUUGAUGAAAGGUUAGGAAGAGUAUCUCAGUCUCAAGAAGAUGGUUGUCACAUUCAAAGAGAAAAGUUGUCCUCUGUAGAGCCCAACAGUAGGUUGGAGGAGGAACAUCAAAGAGAAAGAGAAGGUGUUCAUGUGUCUGAAACACAGACUCAUAAUGUUAAAAAUGUUCAGAAUGAUUGGGCAAGUAGUGAAACUCAAAGGGAAUCUCAUGAUAGAGGGCGGGGUGUAUUAUCACAGGCAUUGAUGGGUACUGAGAGGAAUCGGGAUUCUGUGAUGGUUAGUGAGUCUCAUUCUAAUGAGUCUUUUGCAGAGGAUAUGCAUUCCACAAGUGUAUCAAAAACUUUUAAAACAAAUGCUUCUGAGAAAGAUAGCACUUUUACAACUGAACAGGAGCAGUUGCCAUGUGACUUAGAUCAGAUAAAUGUUUCCAGGUUUGGAUUAGAGGAAAAUUUGAAUAUUUCUUCCAUUUUACAAGACACUGAUAAAUGUAGUUACCAAAAAGAUGGUUUGUUUGACAAACUAGAGAACAACCAAGCAGAAGUAUCCAAGGAUCGUCAGAAUAACCCCAUACCUAUCAGUCAGCAGUCUGAUGGCAAGGAUAUCCUGCAGGAACCUAACACAAUACAAACCACAUCGGAAGAGAGUGCCAUGGAUGAAUCUGAUUUUGGAACCCUCAGAGGAAACUUGCGUGAACACCUGGCCAAGAUAGAGCCUCUGCUAUGUAGGCUGUUAGAAAUUGGAUUACCAUCUUCAAGUGAUAAUGUAAAGGACACUGCAGUACAGCUCAUGGAAGUUGAAGGUUAUCGAAAUAAAUGGAAUUGGGAAGAUGAUCUUCAAAAGUGGUAUGAGGAGUUUAGUGUUUCUUAUGGACAUCUGUUCCACAGUAAAGCCAAAAAACAGCAAUUGUCAUCUCCUGCAAAAAAUGAGGUGGCAUUAUGGAUUAACAAGGUUAAAGGUGAAAUGUUACCAUUUUGUAGUGCUCAUGAUGGUAGAAUUUUUUACAUGCAAGAGCUCAACUUUUUCCUUGAUAGACAGACAAGGCAGAUCAAAUAUCACAAGAUGUUUGCUAGUAGUAAAAUUUGCUCAAAUGAAAAAGAUACUGUUUCUGUCUUGUUUACUUUUAAUGCUGAGGGACAGAUUGGGCCUGGGAUUAUAAUAUUCCCGCGUAUGGUAAUCCCAGAGAAACUUUUUGCUUCCCUCAAAAACACUUCAGGUGGAAAUGAGUGGGUGAUAGGUUCAUCAGCAAAUGGAUGGUUAUAUAGUGACUGUAUAUCGGAAUUUGUUAGUGAUGUCUUUAUGCCAUGGCUUGAAUCUCAUGAGGUUCAAAAACCUGUAGCCCUCUUUACAAGUGAGUAUGUUUCCAGUGUCCCAUUAACAGAGAUGUGUCAAAACUUUGUGCCUCAUGGUCUUCAUCUUCUCUUAGUACCCAGAGCCAUGUCAUCUGUCAUUAGUCCUGCUGAGAAGAUAGUAGUCCAUUAUUUCAUUAGUAACUGGGGAAAAAUUGUGAGGGAGUGGUGCACAGCCAAUUUAUCACAAUCACUCAUGGAAGAGAAUUUCGCCCCAUUUAUUAUUAGCACCAUAAGAAAUAGAAUUUUUAAUGGAAAUGUUAGAAAAACAUUUCUUGAACUAGGAAUGUGGCCAUUUGAGGGAAGAAUAGUCUUUGAACAGUUUCAGGACAACAGUUUAUAACUCGCUCAGUAGCGUAGAACUGUGAAUCUAUAAAAAUGCAAAAUUUUGUAUAUAAAUUACAGUAUUCUGGAAGGAACUAGUUUAGGUUUAAUUAUUGAUGUGUACUUCAACCAAUGUACGUAUAUUUGUAUUGUAAAACAAUAUUGGUUUUGAAGCUUGUUUUUUUUUUUAUACUGCAUUCCUGUUAAGUAUUUAUACUGGCACAUAGUUAUUUUUGUCUUUGUUCUGUUUAGUACUGUAAAGUACUAUAGUGUAAAGUUGUAAUAUUUUGUCAAGGAGCAAGGAGCUGUGAACUUCACUUUUAUGGCUUUCAUAAGACAAGACUUUUCUUUCAUUAAUAUAAUGUAGCUGAGGCAAAUCUAUAGAGGUAUAGUUUUAGGUGGACCUCAUCCAUUAAUGGUGAGAGUUAUUGUCAUUGGUAGCCUUUCAUUAUUCUUCUUGCUUUGGUAAUCUGUGACUGGCUCCUUUUGCCCUCCCCCUUCCUUCUGAGAUAAGUAAAUUCUUGUAUUUUGCAAACUGGGAUAGUGUUUUGAUAUCUUAGCAUAUAAAGGAAAAUAUUUGGCUUAAUAUUUUUAUGUUAUAAGUAAAAUAACUUAAUUUUACCAGGUUUCUUAAAAUUAUGCUUUUAAUCCUGUGGACUUCAAAGGCUACUUCAUCUUGUAUAGUUCAGGUAUAUGUGGAUGAGCUUUACUCAAAAUUUCUAAAUAGCACUGCAAAAAAUACAAUAAAGUAACAUUUGGAUAAGCAACUUGUAAUUGUAUGCAGGGAAUUUUAACACAUACUUAGUACUGUAUUUCAAAAAGGUGUGUUGACUACAUACAAUUUGAGCCUAACGAUUCAUGUCACUAAACAGAGGCUUUUGUGCUAUGAGGUUGUGAAUUACUGUUACAAAGUCUACCAUCGUAAUCUUGACACUUUGUAUUAGAAAAAAAAACUUUCUCAUCUAAACUGGAUAUUCAAUGUAGUUUCUCUGAAAUGGCCUAAACAUUCUAGAUCCCACCGAGUUUAAUAGGGCCUACAACAUGAUUUCACUGUAACUCAUCUAAAAUAUUUUAGAAAUCAUAUUGUCAUUUUUAUUCGAUAAAUGUAUUUUUGUCACUGAAGUUUAUCUUCAAGAAACUGGAUUAUUUAAAAGAAGAGGUUUACUUAGAAGUUUAUGCAAAGGAAAACAUUGUGGUGUUUAAAAAGUAAGGGUACAUUUUCAUUAUCGGGAAAAUUUUUCUGGUUACUUCAGCAAAAUUGUCAUGAAGCCUCAAGUAUUGCUAGUAAAAUUUUGCAUUGUGGAUAGGCCAGCUUUAAUGUAUGCAACAGCAAGGUGAUGAGGCUAUUUUAUUAAAGUCGUUUGUUCCGACACGUUAUACAAACCCUCGGUCCUUUACAUGAGGAAUAGUAAUUCCUUAUGUAAAGGACCUCAGGUUUGUAUAGUUAGGAAAAAUACAAUUGACUUUCAAAAACUGUGAUUUGUUCCGACACAUUAUACAAACCCUCGUUCCUUUACAUAAGGAAUUACUAUUCCUUAUGUAAAGGACCUCAGGUUUGUAUAGUUAGGAAAAAUACAAUUGACUUUAAAAAAUUGUGAUUUGUGUUCUUCAGGGAAUUAUGUUUUUCUACUUUCUAACUUAUAUUAUGCCAUUCAAUUUCAGUUUGUAAGGGUUAAGAGAGCAAUAUAGGCUAGCCAUUUUCAUGUCUUUUCAAAGAUAUUGUGUGGAAAUCAAGAUUCUACCAACAGUAAAAUCUUGAUUUCCACUUGGCUGCAUCUCGGUUUUAAAUGCAUGUCCUCUGUCUCUUUUUCUCAACAAGAAACUUUUCAGUGGGAUGAUUAUCUACAGUAUACUAAAUUUCAUAUAUGCAAAGGAAAUAGAGAAUUGCCCAGUAGAUUAAUAAUGAACAUGUUACUGGAUCAGACAACUGUUACUUGAAUGUUGCUAGAUGACACAUAUCUAGAAGUUUUAAUUAACGACAAGAUUUAUGUAACUAAAUGGAAGAAGAACUUUUUGUUUCAUAACAUUUUACAGUAAUUUGUAAAUAGCUUAAUUUUGACAUUGUGAAUACCUAUCAUGAGAUUUAAUUUCAAAAGGAUUUUGAGUGAUGUAACAGCAAAAACAUUCAGUAGUAGCAAAGGUAAUUUAAACAUUUGCUUUUUCCAUUCAUUCUUAUCUUUGAAAGUCUCCCUUUUUUUCAUUACGAGUUCUGUGAUUCUUUAAUUUAAAGUGGUGUUCAAUGUUGUCUUUACCCCAAGGGAAAAUAUUUUGUUUAUUUAUAUUUUUAUAUAUAUUAGCCGGUUGUGUGAAGGCAUUAUCUAGGCUUCCAUCAUUGAGUGCUAAAAUUAAACAGAAUUGACUAGCUAAUUAAAAAUGCCUCCUAGGGUAUAGUGGGAUUAUGUUCCAGUAAACAUAUUGCAAGGCAAAAAUAUCAUAAGUAAAAAAUGCACUAUAAUAUGUACACAACCCAACAUAAAUUAUACUUAAGCCUGGGCUAUGUUAAACAUGCUCAGAACACUUACAUUGUCUUACAGUUGAGCAAAAUCAUAAACGCAAAGCCUAUUUUAUAAUGGUGUUGAAUAUCUUGUGUAAUUUAUAGAGUAAUGUACUGAAAGAUAAAAACAGAAUAGUUGUCUGAGUAGCAACAAUUAACAUUUUUAUCUUUUUUAUUGAAUAUCUUCAACUUAUUCCACUGAAGUUCUUAAUUAACAAUGAAUAGCACUCACAGAUGUUACAAAAUAUAAUUCUCAAUUUGAAUACUAUACUGUAUAUGAAAAGGUUUGUACAAUGCACCACUGAGUCCUCAAAGAGUUCCAACAAUGCUGCCUUGUAAGCCAUGAUUGUUGUUACAGCAAGGCACUGUCUCCAAAAGGUUCCUUAUACAGCUCAGUGUUUCCAGAUGUCAGUUGGAGUGCAUGAUGGUUUAAAUUGUUACAUUAAUAUAUAAAAUCCAACAAAACAUGGAAUAGUAUCAUGUCGGCAUUUUCAGUGUUACCUACCUAUUAUUUCUGUGUUUUUUACAGCCAGAUGUACAUCAUAUUUAACCAUAUAGGUCAUGGAUUUCUACAGUUUUGUUAACAAGGAAAGUUUAAAUAUUUACUAAAUAGCUAUGUAUACUUAAGAACACUGACAUGCUCAUUAAUGGCUUCAAUAAGAGUGCAUGCUUUUGCCCAAGUUGACAUUAGGCUGAGUGACGUGCUCUCGUAUCUGGUCUUCCAUCCAUGUAAAGUAAUUUCUCCAUCUCAUCAAUUGGCCCAUCUCAUUUCUUUGUGAUGACUGUGGAUUUGAUCAGUGCUAAAAGAUUUUACAGCAUCUUAAAUUCAUGUGACUGCAUGGCAGACUAGUAAAAAAUUAAACUUGAAAUUUCGAAAAUGGUUUGUGCCGAGUGUGUACGUAUUAUUUCUGUUGCCAUUGUGAAAUCAAAAUAUAAUAAAACAGACCACUGUAACCUUGGGAGUGUCUCAGAUCUAUGAAUCAGCAUUUUAGUUUGUUAUAUUUAAGUUUUUCACCUUAGUUGGUGAAUCUUGAGAAAGAAAAAGUAUUGUUAUAGAUGUGAUGUACACAGGUUAGUGAGGUUGCUUUUGUUAAAAUGUUAUUUUGAUAAUGUAUUAUACUUCAGAUGCAAUUCACCAUUUUUUAUUAUGCUAAGAUUAAAUGGAAUACCUAUGAUAUUAGGCCUUUAUAGUGAGUAGUUGCUUUCUGAUAACUCAACUUUUCAUAGAGAAGUUUAUGGUAAAGAUGCUUUUUACUCUUCAAUUAUAGUACGUAUACUCUUAUGUCAUGUUUAAUUUAAAAAGUAUGUUGGCAUUUGUAGACUGGUAUUCCUGUUAAGUAUAUUUGUUUACAAAUUUCUCUCUCUCUCUCUCUCUCUCUCUCUCUCUCUCUCUCUCUCUCUCUCUCUCUCUCUCUCUCUCUCUCUCUCUCUCUCUCUCUCCAUAGUUACAAUUUAGUGUGAAUGCUGUAUUAAUUUAUUUGAUUUUAAGUUGUGCUUUACAGUGCAGCUUUGGAUGACAGGUAUUUUGAUAUUAUGUAAUGAUACUAAAACCAGUUAUUUUCAGUGUUUGUACUUUUUUACAAAACUGACAUUGAUUGGUCUAACAAUGGAUUUAUUAGGUAAGUAAAAACCUUGCAUGCCAGUAAAGGUAUAACAUUAGAGUGUUUUAACUUUAAUGUAUGACAGACAAUGUCAGAUAUUUUUCAACUUUUUAAUUAGUGUUUUUACAUCAGCUUUGCUUCUUACAGGGAGAGGCAUAUCAUGACUUUUGCUCUUUCUGCACAAAAUUCUGAAUUCAAUCUAGGUUUCCUCCAUUUUUCUUUGCUUUACCUACUGAUCUCUGUCAUGCUUCUUUCACAUCUUAUAUUACAAUUAAUAAUCUCUUCUCUUCACAAAACCAGACCAUCUUGGUCAUUAAAAUUUGUUUCCAUCCCCUGCACACCUCAGCAUUAGGCAGCUUCUUUAUUAAAAAUAGAAACCUCAUAGUUUACUCAGCCUUAAUAGGAAACUGGUAGUUCACUCAGCCAUGAAUUGCAGUAGUAUUUUCUCUCCUCCUUUUUGUAAUUUGGUGUUUUUGUACAUUAAGAGUGUAAUUUCCCUGUAUACAUAUUACUUGACUAUCAUCAAUAUCACCAUAGUUUGUGCACAGGUGUAUAUCAUGUAGUUGUCUUCACAUUUAAGAUGAAAAUAUAGAAAUAAUUAAUACACUGAAAGUGGGAAUCUUAAAAUAUUUACAUGGAUCUAUAAUGCAUUGGUUCAAGUAAAGUAAGUAUAAAAUAAGUAAAUUUUUAUUUUAUUCCAGUUUUAAUAGGAACAUUUCUUGUAUUAAGGAAAGAUAUAUUCAAUAUUUAAUUAUUACAGAGUACUUCAAGAGAAGACUAGGAUCAUAUCUUGCAUUUUACCUGUUUUUCCAGUGUAAAUUGUGGUAUCAAGUAUUUUUGCUGCAAUGUAGUUGAAAUUUUUUAUCUUCAUAAUGAGAACCUUGUCAUUUUUGUCCUAAGCAGUAAUACCUCGCACUGAGCUGGUAAUUCAUUACAAAACAUAGGACUUGAGUUGAAAAACAAUCUAGUCCUUAUAAGUCCUUUGAAAAUUUACCCAAAAACCUUUACCCUUAUAAGCUACUGCAUUAUGAAGCAAAUACACAUACAUUUUACAAUUAGUAAAUACAGAAAAAAGAAAACUGAACAGCGCUAGAAACUUCCUUCAAGCCAUGACACUAAUUAAAACUAAUUCAUUGCGAAUAAGCUCACCUAUUUGGGGUUCUGGAUUCACGGCUUCACUUAUCUUAGAUUUUUCUGUGGAACGUAUAUCCACAUUAUUUGCAGAAAAUUCGCCUGUUCGUGGAAAUUUUCAUGGAGAAAUAUUCAGUAAUUAGUAUAUAUUUUCAUAUUUUCAUGACUAAAAAUUUUCAUGAUACAACUACGUAUUAAAACAGGCAGGUGUUAGCAUUUUAGAGGGGUUUUCUGGUGUUUGAACUAUCAAAAUAGGCAGUUUUAGGCAUUUUCAGAGAAUUGUAAAGUACCCAUGGAAUUUAGCUGUUUUCUGAUCGAUGCUUUUGGCAUCGUCAACGCCAUUUAUUACCAUAAUUAUUGUGAUGUUUUGGUUAACUAUUUUCAGUUAUCGGCGCUUUGGCUGGGAACGGAAUCUCCGUUGUUAACUGGGGACCUUUACUGUAUACUGUAUUCCUAGUUACCUUUUUGUGUGACCAGCAGUUCACUUUUUUGGAGUCAGCCUUUUUCAUGGUUUGUGCAUCCAAAUUCUCCAGUUUUGCUAAAUCUCCCAGGAUUAGGGAUAAUAUUACCACUUCAGCUUAUCAUAGCCUUAUUUUUGUCUUGAAGUCUUUUUACUUUUGUUUUGUUGCUUUUUUCUUAACUUGUGUUCCAUGGUAUAAGAUACAUUCUUGGUUUCUUUACAUACCAAGAUUACGCAUGGUCCUGGAACAUGUAUGGAUAGUCUUGACAUUAUAGUCUCAGUGUGCCUUGGUUUUUUUCUUUGUACCACACACUAUUUUUCUGUACUUGGUAGUCUAUCUUCUUUGCAGGUCUUGUCAGCUCUUUGUCAAGUUAUCCUUGGCUCAUCUUCAUUGUAAUUACACUAUAAACUGCCCAAGUGUUUUGUUCUCAAUAUGAUACAGUCUUCUACCCAUUUCAUUUUUCUUCCCUUUCUUCUAUGAAAGUAGUGCCUUGCCACCCCUCCUCUUGGUUGUAUAGUAUCUUAUUGGUGGUCAUCAGUUUUAUUUUUUUUACUUUCCUUAUUAUCUAGGUUUGCAUUUCUAGUCUUAAUAUUCCUCCGCUUACCUAUUACUAGGCACAGUCCAUGAAAUGAUUGCCUUAUCAAUGUUUCCACCAUUGAGCUUGGACUGUAGUAUAGCCUUUAUUUUCCUGUCCUGGGCCAUGUAUAUUCUAUCACUGCCAACAAGUACUAUUCUGGCUGAGACCAACUUAAAGAGAAUUCUUUGUAAUUGGUUGGUCUGUCUUAUGAAGCCCUUGGGGGACCAUGAGAGAGUACCUCCUUUGAGGACUCACAGCAGCUGCCAAAAAUAUGCUUUUCCUAUGUCAUUAAUGAAUGGGAUAAUAACUUGCCUAAAUUCAGAAUGUUUCUAUUGCAAUGUUGUGAACUUAACACUAGCCCUUUCACAGUUGAAUGUCUUGAUUCAGAAAGGUUUAUAUUCCUAGAAAUAUAACAAAUUGAUGGGCUUCUGUGUAAGGAUUUUUUUCACCCUUAUUCACCUCCACCUAUGGAAUUCUUGCUUUUCCACAUGUAAAUGUUUUCAUUUUAUCAAGAUGUUGGACUAUUAAUACUUAAAAGAGAAGUCUUUUGGCAACUUAAUUGUUUUUUUCGCACUUUCCCUGUAGAUUAAAGCUGCCUUCUGUAUUUUAUUUUAUUUAGCAGAGUUGUACUGGAUGAAGCAACAGUUAAGUAAACUUUUUGGUGAUGAUGUGAAAUAGUUUUGAUUACUAUUUGCAGCUAACAGUAUCCAGUUGACUUGAAAAUGAGCCACCCAUUCUACAAAGUAGUGUAUUUUUGCUCUUGCCUUUUGUUCACAAAUACAGAAACAGAGGAUACUGUUCUGAACCUAAGCUAGAUCUUUCCAAAAACAAUAUGAACAAUAUUGCUGUAUAUUUUGUAUAUAUAUAUUAAUAAUGUAAAGUAAGGUAAGGUUAUCCUAAUAUGGAAGAGGCCUUUAUUUGGUCAGUCUUUCAUGUUAACCUCAUUUUUUCAUCCUUUGUUCAUGUCACAUAUUAGCCUUGUGCUGCAGACGUGGCUUAAAAAGGCAGUUUGUUCCCAAAAUUCUCUAGAUUGCAUUCCAUGACAAAUUCCUGAUGAUUGGUUAUUGAUAAGUAUCCAUCAGAGGUCCAGAGCAUUUAGGGUUGAACUUCAUACUAUAAUUAACCUACCUUCUAGUUACAUUUGUUUUACUUCUUUCCAUGUAUGUAUGUGUGUAAGGUAAGUUUGAGGGACACAGUUACCAUAACUUUACAUUAGAACAGUAUGAGGUUUUGCAGAACCUUCCAUUGUAUUAAUACUGUGGAUGCUAAUUCUAUGUGGUGAUAUUUGGAAGCAGAUUUGUUGAAAAUGGAAAGAAAAAUAAUGGAUUAUAUGCAACUCAUUUAGACAGCUAGUGAUACACAAUUUCUGUGAUAUACAAUAUUUAACAGUUCUUUGGAGUAGCUAAGGUAAUUUAAUCAGUCCAGCCUACUUUGUGAAUUAGUAAACACUUAUGACAACACUGCCUUGUUACGAUGAAUACAGUCCCCUGUUUUUCCUUGUGAAAUGUAAGUGGUACGAAUGCUCUUGUGUAUUAGAAACUAAUUAGAAUUUCAAAUUGACCCAUUUUUCAUUGAAUCAUAAUAUAUGUAUUAGUUCUGCAGUGCUUUAAAUAUUACAUUUCUAAUCAGGGGAAAACAACGGGCUAUUUCAAAUAGCAUGCUGUGCCAGAAUGUGAAGAGGAAGUUUGAAGGCACUUAAGAACUGUAGAACUACUGAAAACUAUGUAAGAAUCUCUGUAUGGAAGUGAAUUUGAGUAAUCAUCAUUGUUCAUGCAAUUUGUAGAAUUUCUGUUGCUAAGACCUUUGACACUUGGUAACAGUGAACAAUUAUUAAAAAAUACUUUUAUGCCAUUUGUACAAAUGCAAGACACAAAAAUAGUUGUUAGGAAAUGGAAAAAUCCAAAUAAUAUUGUGAAUGGGAAAUGCAUAUGAAAGUACUGUACACAAAUGCUCAUACUUUUAGCAGUUAAUGGUAGUGUGACAGAUUCUGUUAAUUACUAUAGGGGUUUCUUUUUCUAUAAUUUUCUUGAAAAUGUUGAUUGAUGAGAGUUGAAGUGGGUAGUUGUAGUUGUUGUACUAUUUAAUAACAUAUAGAUGUUCCUUUGUAAUUAUUAUUAGAUUAUGUUAUUGUCAUCCUUUUUUUUAUAUAUAUAUAUCUUACAGUAUGUUGCUUAAGGAAGCCGUGAUAUUUAUGACGGAGAACCAUUCUGUUGUAUCCAUUUUUAUUUCAUUUGGAAUGUGGCCUUCAAGUGUUAAAAUGAUGAAAAAGAUGCUUGAGGAGUUCCAAGUAUAUUUUGUAGGAUUUAUUUUUUUAUAUUUAUGUAAAUUUUUGUUACUUUUUUCUUGAUGUAAAUUACACUUUAUCUAUUUUUAUUUUUUAUUGAUGGUGCUUCAUGUGUAGAGAUAAGAAAUCAGAUGCUUAAUUAUAAAUCAUGAAAAUGUAGUAUUAUAUAAAAUUACCCAGUCUUUAUUGAGCUUACUUUUAAGUGUGGUGUACAAUAUGGUUUUAUAUAUUGGGUGCAGUAAUUCACAAAUUAUUACCAAAUAAUAUUUGUCAUAGUAUUACAUUAUCCUUUUUCAUAAAAAUGAGUUGAAAA